UAACCGAUUUGGGGUUUUAACCGAGCUACAUUUUUUUUCCCCCUUAAUCAAAAUGCCUGACUCCGACUAUAAUUAUAAUCAUCUGCCACACUUUUCCCUCUCUGGCCCUGAAACUCUCCAUCCAUUUUGCGGUUAAUCGCCUGCGGCAACGCGGCAUCCAAACUAAUCAUGGCGAUUAAAAUCGGCUUUGCUGCGGGAGAGGAGGAAGAGGAGGAGGGGGAGGAAGAAGAAGAAGAAGAAGAGAAGAAGAAGGAGAAGGGGGGAGGAGGGCAAAAACGGGCAGGUCGUAGGCAGACAGGCACGCAGGGGAAAAACCAGCAGUGUCUUUAAGCCAUUUAGCGUUCAUAUAUACAAAUAUACAGAAGGAGGGGGAAAGGUCUGCUCUGCGUCCAGCCUGCGCUGAUCGCUCGCCAGGAGGUUUUUUUUUUUCCCCUUCUUCUUUCCCUCUGGUAUUUUUUUUUUUCUUUCAUGCCGAGCUGAGAGACAUGAGCUAAUUGUAUCCUGCACUUUUAUUUUUUUUUUUCCUCUUUUUUUUUUUUUUUUUUUUUUUUUUUUUUGCCUGGAGGGGUUUCAGAGCCCCGGAGCGACUCUCCCUCCGUAUUAGUGCUCCGUGUUUCUCCGCCACGCUGCUGCAUUUCUCACCGGCGCGGCGCGGGCAGAGGAGGCACCAGCGCGCGGGGCCGAAAACACGCAAAAACGGAGGGAAGACACGGGUGCAAAAAGAAAAACUUUCUUUCCCCAUGUUUCAGGAUAAUCGCUCCAGCAUGUCCAGGCCGAUGAUCACCAGGUCUCCAGCGUCUCCUCUCAGUAAUCAGGGCAUCCCGACGCCAGCGCAACUCACCAAGUCCAACGCGCCUGUGCACAUCGACGUAGGCGGCCACAUGUACACCAGCAGCCUCGCCACACUCACCAAGUACCCCGAGUCCAGAAUUGGCCGUCUUUUUGAUGGCACGGAGCCCAUUGUUCUGGACAGCCUGAAACAGCACUACUUCAUCGACAGGGACGGUCACAUGUUCCGCUACAUCCUCAACUUCCUCAGGACGUCCAAGCUCCUCAUCCCUGACGACUUCAAAGACUUCAGUCUGCUGUAUGAGGAGGCGCGGUAUUUCCAGCUGCAGCCGAUGCUGGCAGAACUGGAGCGCUGGCGUCACGAGCGGGAGCUCAACCGAAUCUCGUGUCCAUGCGAGUGUGUGGUGGUGCGCGUGGCGCCUGACCUGGGGGAGCGCAUCACGCUGAGCGGAGACAAGGCCCUCAUCGAGGACAUCUUCCCAGAGAUCGGAGACGUCAUGUGUAACUCUGUGAACGCCGGCUGGAACCACGACUCCACACACGUCAUCCGCUUCCCACUAAACGGCUACUGCCAUCUCAACUCUGUUCAGGUCCUGGAGCGACUACAGCAGCGCGGCUUCGAGAUCGUGGGCUCGUGCGGGGGCGGAGUCGACUCAUCCCAGUUCAGUGAGUAUGUCCUGCGGCGAGAGCUCCGGAGAUCUCAGCGAGGACUCCAGACUAACAGGAUAAAACAAGAACAGCUGGACUAGAAGCCAAGCCUAGUAACUGCUUCACAGACUUCCAAAAAAAAAAAAAAAAAAAAAAAAAAAGAAAAGAAAAAAGAAGAGAGAGCAGAGAUUUCAGCAGUUGCUGAACUCUUUAGGACACUUGAAAUGAUUUGAUUUUUUUUUUUUUUUUUUUUUUUUUAAGGGAACUUUUUUUUUUGGUGAAGAUUUGACAUAUAUGACCUUUGAUGACCUUUGAGACUGUCCAAAUGAGGACCGUGUUAAAAACGUUGUCCCUUUCCAUACAUUCAAUUUCAAUGCAAACAUUAAGACAUCAUGUUCUGUUUUGCAAUGCUAUAUACAGUAUAUAUAUAAAUAUAUAAAUAUGCAUAUAUUUUGCUAUUUCAUAUAAUUGACCCAUGGAUGUUGUUUCCUGAUGUCAUAAAUAGGUUUAUAUUACAGAUCUCAACGCAUUGGGAUGUUCUUUUGUUUGUUUGUUUGUUUGUUUGUUUCAUAUUAUAUUGUACAAGCAAAGAUUGUGUACUUUUUGUUCAUAUAAACUUUCUUUUGAAGUUGGUCAUUGAAGAUUGUUGUGUGAUGCAUUCUGCGUAUGUAUUUACUUUUACUCAGUAGGAUUAUAAGACUAACAUGAGAUGUAUCAAAAAAAAAUUCACGUUUUAAAUGAGAUCGAACAAAACGCCACUUAUUUACUGUUAAUUUAUGAUCAGAUAUAAUGUUUAUCUACUAUUUGUAAGUAGUUUUUGUUUUGUUUGUUUUUUUUUUCCUCUUUGGCCUCAAACCUCUUUUUGACUGAAUUUGUAAUGACAUUAAAUACAGGUUCCUUCUGAAAGCUGUCAAAGCUGAGCAAGUCAUUUCGGCGGCACGCCACAUCCGACUACCCGAAUCACGAAGAAUGUAGCAAGCAAUUUAAAAUAAAUCCUCCAAAAUCA